AUGGAGCCAACAAAGAAAAGCCAAGAUUACUGCCCACCUCAACUCAGCUUAGACAUUCGAGAAGAACCAGUGAUGGCUAACUUAUCCAAGAAUCAAGCUUCCGCACCAGUAGCUACCCAUGAACUUUCAGAUGACAUCAAAACCCAGAAGCACUGGAACCUACAGGCGGGGCUUGUGCUGGAUAUCAAGAAUGCCGUCAAGGAGAUAUUCCUUCAAAUUUCUCAUCCAAGCAUUGGCAACUUGGAAAGGUUGAUGAUUCCCAAACUUGAUUUCUAUGGCUGCUAUGAAGAAGCAAGAGCAUUUGAUCCAGUCCAGACACAGGCUGUCUUAUCCGAGUGGUUUCCCGAGGAAGGCGACUGGGACCGUUUCUUUCUUAUGCUUGAUUUACUUGAAUCAACCCAUUGUUACUGGACCCGAGAAGACAUUCCAAUCCGUUUUGCCGGAUUCGAACUGGCAGAUGCAAUCACUCUUCUGCAACUCGAUUUUAAUCCACAUCCAACUUCGCGCUGCUCCUCAAGCACUUGGGAUGUUCCCAUGAAAAAACUCGCAGUGCAUCUUGUCACCAAAAUGGACAAGAUGCGGAAGGAUCAAGGAUACUCCACACUGAUUUUUGAUGUGGAGUAA